ACACAGUGAGUGAAACUUUCUCUCUGUGGGCGUUCAAGUGUCGAGGCUGCGUGGGGUUUAAACUACAUCAAAACCUAGUGUCAGUCCACUGAGCGGCAGUCAGUUCAGCCACUUCCUGUGAUCAGAGAGGGGAAAACAUUGAACUGGGGCAACAACUAGAGGCAACAGAGUGAGAUACACAGAAAGAAAGAGAGAAAAGUGUGUUUUAGUACAGACAAAAGGAGAGAGAGAGAAGUGUGUUUCUGCUGUUUCUGCUCCUGGUGCCUGUUUCCUGUAGAGAUAUGUUCACCGAACCUGUCGUCUGUUUUCUCCUCGACGGGAUCCUGAUUAUUUACUGCAUCGUGGUCACUGCAUUGUUUUUUAAAGAAAAGCUCUCAUGUGGACCUGUUGAACCUGAAGAUAAAGGCCGGAUUUAUCAGGAGCUUAGGAGACCGAUGGAUGCUGAUCCGUAUGAGAUGCUUGAACCAUCAAAAAGAAGAAAAAGGGCCAAAAGGAGAAAGAAACCUGAGUCGGCGCAGCCUGGGCAGAGAGAUGACGAAACUUUCAUCAGCACAGCUCCACCUCCAGCUCAGUCUCCUCCCUGAUGUUCUGCAUCAGCACUGCUGGGUCAACAGGCUUCACAAUUCAUUGUAGCUGAGAUUAGAUUAUCAUCUGAUUAAUCAGUCAAUUAACAGACAAGCUAAGCGUCUACUAUUUUACGAUAACAUAUAACAAAAAUAUAUAUAUCGAGAGAAAUGCAAAAUUCUGUGCAUCCAGCUUCUAAAAUGUGGAAAUUUUAUGCAAUUUGUAUGUGAUAGUUGGCAGUUUCUUCGCUAUUUUCUCACAUUGAAGCCUACACACUAAAUAAGUAAAGAAAAUUAAUCAAUAGUGAUCAAUAGAUCAUUUCUUGUUUGAAGUUUAAAACCAUGGUAGCGGCUCAUCUGCUUUGAGCAAAACGCCGGUGCUAGCAUUUGCAGUUUUGUGGCAUUUCAAAAGGUGUAUACACAUUUAAUCAAGGUUCAUAAAGCACAUUAUAAUAUAGUUGCAAGUAAAUAUACGAGCACAUUAAGUAGUAAUUCAUAGAUUCAGUAGUAUUCGAAAACUGAGACAUGUCAUGUAUUAUUACACCCAUGUUAAACUGUAUUGUAAUCAAUAUCUUUAAAUACCCCAGCUUUCACAACACAAAUUCUUAUGAAGAAAUAUUGUAUACAAAAAAAUGAAUUUACUGUAUUUGUAUUCAAUAAAUUUUAAACACACAAAUUCCUGUCUAACAUUUCUAAAGCCAAAUGAACAAAUCCAAAAGGGUUUAUAACACAUUAUAGUCUAGUUGUAAGGAGAUGUAAUAUAGUUGGAGAAAUGAUUUAAUAUAUGGUCUGCAGUUAUGUACAUUAUUACAAAUGCAAUUUACUGUAUUGUCAUCGUCUAUGUAUGUAUUUUUAAUUCACAAUUCCUUGGCUUGCAAUUCUAUAGACAGCGAGUAUAAUAUAAUAACAGAUUACAAUAUGUUUGAGAAUAUUAGGAUCUAUUCAGGUACAUUAUUUAGCUAUUUAGCUAUUCUUUAGUGAACAUGAAUUUUGUGGCAAUUGAUCUGCCUCCGAUACGAUAUGGCGUGACAGAAUCCCCAAAAAGCACCCGUCAAAUCACUUGGAAAAUGGUUUAAUGAUGUUUACAACAAAAGAGAACUGUACAGUUACAGUAAAAGAUUAUCUUUAUAGGUGUAUAAAACAAAACAAACAAAAAUACAGCAGACAAAUGCAUCAAAAACUACAAUGUAUCCUGUUUCACAUAAUUAAAACUCCUACACAAUCUUUCAGUUCUAUGCCGCCAUGACGGGAGGCCUUUUUUUUUUUUUUUUUUUAUUAUUUUUUGUCUUUUUAUACGUUGUAGUAAGAUCGGAGCAGUGUCCCUCAGUGUUGUAGUCCAGGAUGGAAACCAAGACUUUACAUUAGAGUCCUGGAAAGUCAAUUCUUAAUGGACUGCGGAGUAAGAAAAAAGGGAGGAAACAGGGACACAUUCCUUAAGAUGAACCCAAGUUUCCAAAAUGAGUUGUUAAUGUUUUACAGAAUGCAUUUCUUGAGAUACAGACUUGUUAUGUACAUGGUUGGCCUUUUUUUUCCCCUUAGUUUUCUCUGUUUGUUGAAAGCCAUGGUCACUUGGGCUGUGAACUGAUAAUCACACACAUGACACACCCAAAAACAUACAAAAAUACUAUAUCUUUUACCUACCAAGAGUAAGACAGUUUUGCAAUUAGUUCCAUGCUGUGACAGAAAAGAGAGAUUACAACAAACAAACGAGAAACAGACGCUUUUCACGCAAGUUUUUCUCAGAAAUAUACCAAAAUAUACAUCUAAGCUUUGGAAUUACUGAGGCUAGGACUAAAGCCAGUGCUGGGUUUGUCUCUUAAUACACAUGCUGCAGGGUGGAAGGGACAGAAAA